UACUAACUUGUGUGUGUAUCGGUCAAAUGUGAAUUUGCCUCUGUUGUUGGUUUUAAUCGUGACGUAUAUGUGUGCACUCACGCCUAAAGUUGACGAGUUGCAUGUGUAGCAAAUGUUAAACAUUCUUCGAUAGCGAAUAAAAGCGGAAAGCACACGUAUAUAUGGUGCAAAGAAAUUUGCACGGGAAGAAAACCGUGUAAAGCGACGGCAAAGGUAUUGAGAUAGGAAGAGAGAAGAAGGACAGAGAAAUUGGUGUUUUUGUACGAUAUUCAAGGGAUCCUGUUAAAGGAUACUUGUCGAACAGGAUUGGUGAUAGAAUACGGAGCAUCGUGCUACCUCGUGUUCAGGUUUAUUUUAGCUGAUUCAUAUUACGUGUUGUUCUGCCGUAACGAACAAAUAGUGUACGCGACCCUUCGAGGACGCGUUGUCGAUCAUUGUUAAGGUGGAAGCUUUAGAAAAUGGCCGACAAUUGGACACAGAGCGUUGUUUGCCGAAAACAAGAGUUGCCAGUUGUUAUAAACAGACUUUGAAAUGUUGUUUAGAUCAGUGAAAUAUUAUUUUUUAUUUUAUAAACAUAAAAAAUUUUUAUUUUAACUUACUUCAAAAAUGGUAUGUGCAGAGAAGGAAAUAAUUGCAGGUAUCACCAUAGCCAAGGAGCUAGAAACGAUGGAAGUACCACAGAAACAGUAAUAUCCGGGUCUGUUCCAACUUUUAAUGUUGCUUGUCGCUUUUUUAAGCAUGGCAUCUGUAAAUUUGGAAACCAGUGCCAUUUUCGUCACACUGUUGAAACAGCUGAUAAUAAUUCAGCGAAUGCAAAUUUGGUAGAUAGUUCUUCAUCUGGGCAACAUACUUCAAAUACUUCAAAUUCAACAACAGUAAAAAAUGUUGAAGAAAGUGCCUGUAUGACAGAAGAAUGGGUGAAAGCACCAGAAUUUGUACCUUCGCCUGUUGCUGGUUCUUCUUCGGCAAGUGAGGCUUCUACUACUUUAGGAACAUCUAUGAGCUCUUCAUUGCCAUUAUCUUAUGCACAAGCGGUUAAUCCUUCUGGUCAAGCAUCCAGUCUAUCUGUAGAGCCUCUUUGCCCAUAUGCAGUAGCAACUGGAAUUUGUAAAAAACGUAAUUGUACAUACUUACAUGGGGACAUUUGUGAAUUAUGCAAUCGUGCCGCGCUUCAUCCACACAAUGAAGAUCUUCGAAAGAAGCAUACGAAUGCGUGCGUUAAACAGCAUGAAGUAGAUAUGGAGCUUUCAUUUGCAAUUCAGCGUAGCAGAGAAAAGUCUUGUGGAGUAUGCUUUGAGAUAGUAAUGGAGAAAGCAUCAGGUGAACAAAGAUUUGGUAUUCUACCAAAUUGUAAUCAUUGCUUUUGUCUAAGUUGUAUUAGAAAAUGGAGAAAAGCUAAACAGUUUGACAACAAGAUCAUUAGAGCUUGUCCAGAAUGUCGUGUCACUUCUGACUUCGUGUGUCCGAGCAUGUACUGGGUAGAUACAAAGGAAGAGAAAGAGAAAUUAAUAAUGGACUACAAAUGCGCAUUAAGCACCAAAGAUUGCAAAUAUUUCAAUAAAGGACGUGGCAAAUGUCCCUUUGGUAACAAAUGCUUUUACCUCCAUGCACUUCCCGAUGGUACUAAAACAGAUGUUGGUCCACCCGUUCGUCAACGACGUAAUGCCGAUGUAGAAUUUGAUAUCUUACGUGAAUUUUUCUUGUGGGACUUCGUCGAAGAGAGAGAUGAUCGUUGGAUAUACGAUUUGGAACUUGCGGAUAUUGUUACCGUAUUUUCAGAUUCGGAGGACUCUGACUGGUCUGGAUAUGAACUUUCUUAUGAGUAGUUGUGUUAAUUCGAUAAUUAUUUCUGCUGUUACUGUUAUCUGUAUUAUCUAUCUUAUCUACCACUUAUACGUGGUUUCAGUGGCUUAAUAGACAAGUAGUUUAUGAA